CCUCAUUGGAAACAUGGACGCCUUCUUUGGAACAUGGAAAUUCGUCAAAAAAGUGAACUUUGAUGAAUUUAUAAAAGCAGUCGGUGCAAAACUACCCGAUGAUUCUAAUCUAACUGAGACUGUUUCCAAAGAGGGGGACAAUUUUGUCUGGACAACAAAGAGAGGCCAACAUGCCACAGAAAUUAAGUUCCAACUGGAUAAAGUAUUCAAUGAUGGUACCAUAGAGGGGAGACAAUGUUUCAGUACCAUAAGCCUUAAGGGAAACCAACUGGUACAGGUGAAGAAAUGGGGUAGAAAAGAAAGCACAAUUAUCCGUGAGGUUAACGGGAAAAACAUGACAAUGACUGUGAAAUUUGGUGGUGUUCAAGGACAACGCAUUUAUGAGAAAGUUUAAUCAUUAAUCAGUGAUGAAAUCGUUAAAGCUUCUUUGUGAUGAAGUUAUCUGAAUAAUUUAAUCAUUAGUAAGAUAUCAGUGUG